UCAAAUAACGAGAAGAUAAAAGGUGUAUGGUGGUGUUAUUUUGCGUGUGAGGAAAGUGUGAUCAAAGUGAAGAUGCCUUGUCUCAACCUUUCAACAAACGUUAGCUUUGAUGGUGUUGAUGUGUCUUCCAUACUUUCUCAACUCAACUCAACUCUCGCCAACAUCUUGAAUUACCCUCAAUCUUGGGUGACAGUUUCAUUAGAAGGAUCAAUACCCAUGUGUUUUGGAAACACAGAGGAGCCAGCUGCUUAUGGUGAAUUUGUGGCCAUUGGUAUUCUCAAUCCAGAGUUGAACAAGAAACUCUGUGCUGAAAUUGCCUUAGUUCUUCAGACCAAGUUGUCAGUUCCCAAGUCAAGAUUCUUCUUAAAAUUCAAUGAUAUUGAGGGUUAUAAUUGUGGCUUGCAUGGCGGUCUCAUGGUGGUAGAAUCCAAAUGAUUGCAUAAUGAAAUUUGUUUGGAGAGUCUGAAGCUAAUAUGGUACUAUUGUACAUAUUUGGUGUACAAUAAGGCAAUGAAGUUUGAAACUUAAAUGUCUUUUAUUGCCAUCGGAAGUGGAUGAAAUAGUUCAACUGAUAUGCAUUAAUUAAAUUAAAAUAAGUGUAGCUGCAAAUGUGUAGCUGCAAUUCUCUA